AUGCCUAGACGCACAGUGAAGUCUGUUAUUAAGAAGUGGAAGGUAUUUGGCACAACAAAGACCCUCUCUGGAUCAGGACGUCUCUCCAAACUGGAUGAAAGAGUCAGGAGAAAACUGAUCAGAGAGGUGACCAAGAGGCCUACAGCAACUCUACAGCCCCUACAACUCUAUAUGUGUGUAAAUGUGGCUUGUAUGGGAGGGUUGCAAGAAAAAGUCACUCCUCAAGAAGCCACCUGCAGGGUCAGACUGAGCUUUUCCAAAACCACAUCCUUGAAGAUCGUGACACAGCAAUUACUUUGGCCUCAACACCGGAACGAUCUGUCUGGCACAAAGACAUCCACUAAAGCCUCACCAUCAAAUAACCGCAUUCCCCAGGUAAAGCAUGAAGAAUUGGAUUUGUGCGCCUGCUUUGAAGGUUUUGAGAAGGUGAAGCUGUUGUACUACUUGAAUGAAGUCUUUCUAUUGCUAGGAUAUGAGCACUGGAAAGGGCAAGUGCUGACUGCAGAUGAAUUGCACGUCCUGUACGAGGGGAUCAAGCUUAACAACGUGAACCAAUAUGACUAUGUGCUCACAGGUACUCUUAUGUCAGGAUCCUUUUUGGAUAUGGUGGUGGACAUUGUACAGGAGCUGAAGAGGGCAAACCCGAACCUGGUGUAUGUGUGUGAUCCGGUGCUGGGUGAUAAUGGGGGCUAUGGUGAGCAUAUCUAUGUUCCUGAGAACCUGCUGCCCAUCUACAGGUGCAAAGUAGUUCCAGCUGCUGACAUAAUCACUCCCAAUCAGUUUGAGGCUGAGCUUCUCACUGGUAGAAACAUAAGUUCAGAAAAAGAUGCAGUUGAAGUUAUGAACCUAUUGCAUUCGAUGGGUCCAGACACAGUGGUCAUCACCAGCUCUGAUCUGCCCUCUCCUCUGGGGGAUCAGUAUCUGGUUGCUCUGGGGAGCCAGAAAAGAGUGAAUGCAGAUGGUACCAUGGUGACUCAACAGAUCCGUAUGGACAUCCCCAGGGUGGAUGCUGUGUUUGUGGGAACAGGUGACCUGUUUGCUGCGAUGCUGCUGGCAUGGACACAUCUCCACCCAAAUAAUCUGAAGAUGGCCUGUGAAAAGACGGUUUCAGUCCUUUGCCAUGUCAUUAAGAGGACCAUUACUUAUGCAAAAGAGGUGGCCGGUCCGAAUCGAAGGCCCAGUCCUGCUCAGCUUGAGUUGAGGAUGGUCCAGAGUAAGGCAGACAUUGAGGAUCCUGCCAUAGUUGUGAAUGCAGUAGUGCUUUAAUCUUAGACUCUGUACUAGACAGUAUGAAUGUCAUUCAUUUAACAGCAAGAGUUUACAAUCACAAUACUUUGGAUGGUGCAUGGGUUUUUUUUUUAUGCUUUAGCGUUAUAAAUUCUUUUAUAACAACACCAAUGUUCUUAGAAUUGAAAAUGGGACUUCUGUAACUUCAUAGUGCAUUACUGCAGAUACUGCAUCCAGAAACUAACAUGGUACCUAAUGUUACUAUUAUCACAUUCUAGCCCUUAUGUGCAUAGGACUAUCUAGCCAUUAUUAGUAUUUUAUUAUGAUUUAUGCAUGUGUAUAUCUGGAUUAAGUAUUUAUGAUGAUUUAUUAACAUUAGGAAAACAUCAUAUUCUGGAUUAAGUAUUUAUGAUGAUUUAUUAUCAGUUAUAUGUAACAUAGUAUUCGAUCCGUUAGUCUUAUUUCAUCAGAACAACUGUACAUUCCCAGUCAGGCCAAGUGUCAGACAAAUGUCUAUUAAAUAAUAAAAAGCAAUUGUCUAUACUAAGAAUGUGCCUUGAAAAUGCUGCUGUAGUUUUAUAUCAUAUACUAAAAAAGUAUUUAUCUUUGUAAUAAUUAGCAAUAAUGGCCAUGGCAACUGAUAUAUUUUGACUAUUCAUUAUAAUAAAAUCCUUCAAUUUUUAUUCA